AUGGUCAACGCGGCUUUGGCAAUUUAUUCCGAUCUUCUCGUCGACCGCAUGGAUUACGCCAAUGAAUGCUUCGACUUGGCCUCCAUGAUGCACGAUCAGGCUCCCGACGAUUCGACCAAAUGGCUGAUCGAGCAUGCACGAAAGCUCUUGGACGAUGCAAAGGCACAGCGCGAAGAGGAGCCAGAGGAAUCAACCGCAAGCAACACCGGAGACACCGGCAUUUCAUGGGAGGGCCAGUUCACCAAGGAAUGGAAGGCAGCCAAAGAAGCCAGAGAGGCCAGAGAAGCUCGGGAAGGGACAGCUACAGCUACAGCCACAGCCAGCUGUUCAACUCACCAUGAUACUACUACAAGCGAGUCUCAACGCACCCUUGCCACCACAGUUCAUGAUGAUGAUGAUGACGAUCCGGGAUCUGAAGCAACCGAGACAAACUGA